AUGAUCAACGACAGAAACGUACCCAACUGCCAAGCUAGCCACGAGAGCGUCAAGCAGUCCCAAGGGCACAGCUCUCAGCCAGAAGGGGCGUUAAUAGCUUCUCCAACCGCCGUGAGCGUCCGAUUGUCCUUCGUGAAAAAAGGCACCGUGAUGGCCGCGUGGGCCGUUGUGCUCCACGAGUACUUCAAUCAGCCAGAGGUCUCCUUUUUGAGGUUUGAUGGAUAUCAGCCUCGCGAAAACAGGGUUUCAGGUGACGAUGAACCAGAAAUCGUCUCACUAGAAGUUCAUCCAGAUUGGACAGUCAAAAACCUUCAGGACCACUGCGUUAGCAAUGUGCAGCACAGGCCAGCCGAUUCAGCUCUCAACAAUAAUCCCAGAGUACCAGUUAUCUUAGUCCUGAACGACCCAAGCUUCAAGGAGCAUUCUGAUUGUUUCGAAUAUCUGCCGUGGAGCUACAGAGAUAGGGUCUCUUUGCUUCUUGCCGUCAAAGAAACCAGCCAUGGUUUGCUGGUCAACAUCUACUCUCCAGCAGAAAACAUCCCUAUCCUCGAGCUCCCCGCGUUGUUGGAUAGUACCUGCAAAGUGCUCAAUGAUGUCGACGGAAAUCCUAAGAAGAGGAUCUCAGAUAUCGAAGUGAUCAGCAAUUAUGAUCUAGAUCGUCUGGAACGAUGGACUAUUGGUGGUGCACCUACACCACAGACUACAAUUCAUGGGUUGAUCAGUCGUUACUAUCUUGAAAGACCAUCCGAUGUUGCCAUAUCGAGCACUUCCGGGAAUAUCACGUACGCAGAGCUCGGAAUGAAAUCUGCGGUGAUUACACAAAAGCUCCGCAACCAUGGAAUUCGGCCGGGUUCCCUCGUUGGAAUUUGUCUGCCUAAGUCAACACUGUCGGUGACCAUUCUCAUUGCAAUCUUACGAGCAGGGGCAGGAUAUGUGCCCAUUCCUACAUCCUGUCCCGAGGAGCGCUUCGCAUAUAUCCUUCGGAAAACUCGAGUCCAAGUCUUGAUCACAGAUUCAGAUGUUCGCGGCGGGCUUAAAGACCAGCCACUUGGCAAGAUCGAGAUCAUAAAACCACUGUCCCUUACACAAGGGAGGACUCCUCUGGAUUGGGCGCAAGAGGUGCACACGGACCCAUCUCAGGUCGCAUAUGUUUUGUUCACGUCCGGGAGCACCGGAAAUCCGAAAGGUGUUGUUCAAGAACAAGGGGCUGUAUCUGGAAGUCUGACAGCCCUUGUCGAGGCUUUCGGACUGGAUUCAUCAACAAAGUUCCUCCAGUUUGCUUCAUUCUCUUUUGAUGCCAGCAUAUGUGAGCUCUUUGCGCCAUUGGUAUGCGGGGGGCGAGUAUGUGUGCCAUCCGAGGAGGAGCGCUUGGAAGACCUCGAGGGAGUCAUGAAGACACUCGAAGUCACCGAUGCAUCCCUGACACCUGUUAUUGUUGCACAGUUGAACUCUGAUCAGCUACCCGCAUUGAAGCAUCUCUACAUUGGAGGAGAAGCUCCCUCACAGGUCAUUUUGAAUAAUUGGUCCGACAAGGUCCGCCUGAGCAAUAUCUACGGGCUGACCGAAGCCGGAGCCUGGGAUACUGUGGAGUUGGAUCUCAGACUCAAUGACAACCCAAAGACUAUCGGCAAAGGAAUUGGAACCAACUGCUGGAUUGUCGAUCCGGACAACAUCAACCGACUCAGGCCGAUUGGGGUGGAGGGCGAACUACUUCUUCAGAGCCCCUACCUGGCCAGAGGAUACUUAGACGACCCCGAAAAAGAUAACGAGACGUUUUUGUCUCUCCCAGACCCUAUCCUGGACAUAACAGGUCCAUCCAUGAGUCGAUGCUACCGCACGGGAGACCUUGCACGCUUCCAACCUGACGGCAGGCUUAACUUCAGCAGCCGACGGGCGGGAUUUGUGAAAAUCCGUGGACUGCGCGUGGAGCUGGGAGAGAUCGAAGCUGCCAUAUCGGGCUGGCCAGGAAAUGGCAAAGGUGCCGUAAUUCUGGUUGAUAACGAGACUCACAACGCACCGGAGCUUGUUGCCUUUGUGCAGGUCGAGAGAGAUGCAGACGAGUCUCUUGCAGACAUGGUGCACAAGCAUCUGCAGAAAAGCCUGCCAUCAUAUAUGAUUCCGACUGUUUUUGUGCCUAUCGAGUCGAUGCCAUUGACCGAUUCCAAGAAAAUUGACAGACAGCAUUUACGAUCACUCUUUGCGCAAUUGACUCAUGAGGAGAAGAUUGCUAUGCGACCAGGAGGGUCCAGGGCAAACUGGUCGAAGAUUGAGUCUCAUCAAUGGUUGGCAAUCGAGCUUAGCAACGUCAUUGCCGAUUUGGUUCAACAAAGAAAGCCACAGGAAAAUGAGGACAUUCGAGGAUGGAACUUUCCUCUGUCCGCGGUCGGACUGAACUCUGUGCAGAUGGCCUAUCUUUCGGGUACGAUUCGACGACAUUGGGGAGGCAAUGUCAGUUUGGAAUAUCUUCAACAGCCAGGUAUUACUGUGAGCCAGCUUGAAGAACGUCUAUGCGCAACGGAAACGAUCGAGACGGAUCAGUCGUCUCAGAAAUGCAACAAGCGAGACCUUCUCACCGACCUGGCUUCAAUAGACAUACGCUUGCCAGAGGGUCGCAACACACAAAAAGCCGUGUUUCUUACGUCUAUCACGGGGUUCCUAGGUAGUCAGGUUCUGCGCGCCCUGUUGGAGCAUCCAAGUGUGGAACGCAUUAUUGGUCUUGUUCGAGCGGAGAAUGAAUCUGAAGCCCGAAAGAAGAUACAGAGCCAUGCCAAGGUGGGACGGUGGUGGCAAGAUGAAUUCAACUCGAAAAUCGAGGUUUGGCUCGGAGAUCUCAGCCAGCUGCAGUUAGGGCUGACUGACGAACAUUGGGCAUGUCUAACUGGCUACCGACGUAUCGACGGAGUGAUUCAUAAUGGAGCCAGUGUCAACUGGCUCGAUGAUUUCGCAAGCUUGAAGGCAACAAACGUCUACAGUACUCGGGACAUCCUAUCGGCCUGGUCAGCAAUGCCGAUCCCGUGUCCAUUCACAUACGUCGGGGGCGGGUAUCUCCCUGGGCCAGAGGAGACCAGAGAGCAGAGUGUCGAAAGGCUGGCAAAUGCUAGCGGAUACGACCAGACGAAGUUUCUCUCCCGUAUGAUGGUGCAAGAUUACAACCAUCACCUGAAUCACGGAGAGCACGGUAGUCCAAGGCCGGUGGUGAUUCAACCUGGAUUCCUGGUUGGCACCAGGUGGGAAGGUAUCGCUCAUCCGGAUGACUUUCUGUGGCGUCUUGCCUACAGUAUUCUCUCGAUUAAAGCUGUCAGCGAAGAUAUGCAACUGGCGCAUCUCGCAGUGACUGGGGUAGAUCAAAUGGCGGCCUUGGUGGCGAACAGCGUUCUGAAGGAGCAAUGUGCACUGACUGUGGACUGUCACGAUGGUGUUUCCUUGGAGCAGAUAUGCGCAAUUUUGAGCUCACGCACAGGCUUGGCGAUAGACACAUUCAGUCACCAGGACUGGCUGGCGGCUUUAAAGAAAGACGUCGAAGCCAAGGGGCUUGACCAUCCCUUUCUCCCCGUGCUGGAAUGGUUCGAGGCCGAUAGCUGGCAGCUUCUAGGUUCCCAAUCGCCCCCAACUGGCAUCUCCCCGGUUGGCAGAAGAGAUUCCAUAGUAGCACUAGAACGGAGCACAGACUACCUAGUCGAUAUUCAGUAUUUACCGGCAAAGGGUGGUUCGCGAGGCAGUGGUCAUAAUAUUGAGCAAUUCAAGAGAUGCAAGUGA